AUGGGCUACUCAGUAAAGAAAUCAUCAGAGACUUUGAUAGUCCCUGGAGAGCCAACUCCGGCCGGUAAGCUCUCUCUUUCGUGGAUAGACCGAUACCCGUCUCACCGGGGAAUGGUAGACACAUUGCAUGUAUUCGAACACGGCCACAAUACGACACCGGUGAUUAUUAAGAAGGCAUUAUCUCAAGCACUUGUUUUAUAUUACCCUCUCGCCGGAAGGCUUGUGAAGUCGGACUCCGGUGAGCUUGAGGUUGAUUGCACAGGAGAUGGUGUGUUGUUCAUUGAGGCAUUUGCCAAUUGUACACUCGAAGAUGUUCGAUAUCUCGAGCUUCCUCUUAUGAUCUCAAAGGAUGAGAUCCUCCCCUUUCCACUCUCUGAGAAUGUUAAAGCCAUUGGUGCGCUUGUGAUGAUGCAGGUGACAAAGUUCGAAUGCGGAGGAUAUGUGAUCGGAUUAAGGUUCAACCACACGGUGGCAGACGGAAUAGGAGCAGCACAGUUCAUCACCGCCGUAGGAGAGCUCGCAAGAGGAUACCGACAACCAGUGAUAGGACCCGCAGUUUGGUGCCGAGAAAAACUACCAUUGCUUAAACACCUCAAACCCGGACCUCCGCCAUCGUCCAACACCGCAAAAAAACUCAUCUACAACACUUUCGACAUCUCCAAUCAAUACAUUGACAAUCUAAAAAUGAAAUAUCAUCUUCAAACAGGCCUAAAUUGCUCUAAAUUCGACAUCAUGAUGGCCAAAGUGUGGAAAUGCCGAACAAAGGCCAUCGAACCAGAACCGGAACUCAAAGUCCAUCUCACCUUCGCCGCAAAUACUCGCCAUCUCCUCCACCAAAUCGGAAAAGGUUACUACGGAAACUGUAUUUUUCCGGUGACAGUUUCAGCAAGCAGUGAAAAUAUAAUGAACUCUUCAAUUGUUGACAUUGUGGACAUGAUCAAAGAUGCUAAAACUGAACUUCCUGCAAAGUACAUGAAGUGGUUAAAGGGAGAAAUGGAAAUGGAUCCAUUUCAGCAAAAGAAUGAGUAUGAUCAAUAUGUUUAUGCUUCUGAUUGGACAAAGGUUGGGUUCAGUGAGAUUGAUUAUGGAUGGGGAGUUCCAAUGUAUAUUGGACCAGUGAGUAUGAGUGAUGACAUUGCUUCUUGUGUGCUUUUAAGGUCUCCUGCAUACAAGGAUGGUGCUAGGCUUAUCACUCGUUGUGUUAAAAAGGAACACUUGCAUGCAUUUCAAAGUGAGAUGAUGAGUUAA